AGCCUGAGGACAAAUCACUACCCACCAGGAGAGUCUCCAACUGAAGGUAUCCCUUUGUGCUCUUAAGCCACAAAUGUGCAUCUGAGCUUGUACAUCUGCCCUGUCAAAUAUCCAUGAUGCUGGGCCCUGAGGGAGGUGAAGGCUUUGUGGUCAAGCUCCGUGGCCUGCCUUGGUCCUGCUCAGUUGAGGAUGUGCAGAGCUUCCUCUCCGACUGCACAAUUCAUGACGGGGCUGCAGGUGUGCAUUUCAUCCACACUAGAGAAGGCAGGCAGAGUGGUGAGGCUUUUGUUGAACUUGAAUCCGACGAUGAGAUAAAGUUGGCCCUGAAAAAAGACAGGGAAAGCAUGGGACACCGCUACAUUGAGAUGUUCAAGUCUCACAGAACCGAGAUGGAUUGGGUGUUGAAGCAGAGCGGUCCCAACAGCGCUGAUACCGCCGAUGAUGGCCUUCGAGGACUCCCAUUUGGAUGCACCAAGGAAGAAAUUGCUCAGUUCUUCUCGGGGUUGGAGACUGUGCCAAAUGGGAUCACACUGCUUGUUGACCCCGAGGGCAAGAUCACUGGGGAGGCAUUCGUGCAGUUUGCUUCCCAGGAGUUAGCUGAGAAGGCUCUAGGCAAGCACAAAGUAGGGCACAGGUACAUUGAAGUGUUCAAGAGCAGUCAGGAGGAAGUGAGGUCCUACUCAGACCCCUCUGAAGUUCGUGUCUGUGACCGGCCCGGCACAGGCAGGAGAUACAUAGGCGUUGUCAAGCAGGCAGGUUUGGAUAGGAUGAGGUCUGGUGCCUAUAGUGCAGGCAAUGUGGGAUAUGAGGAGUACAGUGGCCUCACUGAUGGCUACGGCUUCACCGCCGACCUCUUUGGGAGAGACCUCAGUUAUUGUCUCUCGGGGAUGUGUGAUCACAGAUACGGAGAAGGUGAGUUCACUGUCCAGAGCACCACUGGACACUGCGUCCACAUGAGGGGACUGCCGUACAAAGCCACUGAGAACGACAUUUACAACUUCUUCUCUCCACUCAACCCAGUGAGAGUCCAUAUUGAGAUUGACCCAGAUGGAAGAGUCACCGGUGAAGCUGAUGUUGAGUUUGCCACCCAUGAGGAAGCUGUGACAGCUAUGUCCAAAGACAGGGCCAACAUGCAGCACAGAUACAUAGAACUCUUCUUGAAUUCCACAACAGGGGCCAGCGACGGGGCAGAUAGUAGUCACAUGAUGCAAGGCAUGGGAGUGUCCGCCCAGUCCGCUUACAGUGGGCUUGAGAGCCAGUCAGUGAGCAGAUGUUACAGGGCUGGCUACAGUGGCCAGAACAGCAUGGGUGGCUAUGACUAGUUUUGUAGAAGCAUUUAAAUUAUUUCAAUCAAAUUUUCACAUGC